AUGGCUACCCCUAGUGUCCUAGCUUUUGACGCUGAGAGUCGCGCCAUUGAUUUUGAGGUCUGGUUAGACGACCUGCAGCUGUUCUUACAGUGCGACAGGGCUGACGACCUUUCUCUCUUUGAUCUCACCUCUGGCGCCUCUCCUGCUCCUGCUGCUGAUGCUGAUCCCGCUGUCCGCUCUAAGUGGGCCACCCGCGAUGCUGCUGCACGUCUUGCUGUGCGUCGCCACCUCCCUACCUCUGAGCGUGCUCACUUCAGUCAGUACAAGAGUGCUCAGACCUUGUACGACGCUGUAGUUGCGCGCUACUCCUCCCCUGCCACUGCUGCACUGAGCCUGACACUCGCUACCCGCGCCGCCCUUCCUGCUGAGUUCUGCGCUAAGAACCCCCCCUCCAUGUACAUCGCUCUCUACUACGUAGUCGCGCGCCUCCCUGACUCCCUUCGAGUCGUCAGGGACCACUUUCUCGCAGUCUGUCCCACCACCCUCACCGUCGACCUCCUCGAGAAGGCCCUCCUCGCAGCGGAGAAGAGCAUCGUCGCUGUAGGUGCUUCUCGUGGUGACCCUCGCACCCCCAUCUUUGAGGGGUGCUCUCCUUCCCCCUUGCUGCCCUCUGUUGCCUCUGCUGCUGCUGCCGACCUGCUUGGUCUUGAGUCGGUCGGCGCGGCGUCUGUCCCUAGUGGGAGACGUCGCUCCAGCAAGGGCAAGGGGGGCAAGGGCGCGGGUGGAGCUGGAGGGGGCGGUGGCGGUGGCGGUGGUGGCGGCGGAGGGAGUGGGGGUGGCGGCGGGACUAGUGGCGGGGGUGGUGGUGGUGGUGGCAGCAGCGGCGGAGACGGUGGUGGUGGUGCCAGCGGUGGUGGUGGAGGCAGCGGCGGAGGUGGAGGCGGCGGAGGUGGAGGCGGUGGAGGCGGCAGCGGAGGAGGCAGUGGUGGUGGAGGGGGUGGAUCUGGUCGGGGUGGUACCCAGCAGCGUAGCGGCGGUGGUGGUGGCCAGCGCUCGCAGCGGCAGCAGCAGCAGCGCUCUCGGGACAUCCCUUCGCCUCAGCAGCUUCGUGAGUGGUACGCUGGGCGUCAGAGGGGUGGGGGUACUGGUCCCUGCACCUACGUUCUUCGUUCCGGCGACCGCGCGGGUGAGCAGUGUGGGGGUGCCCACGCCACCCAGCGCUGCUUUGGCCGCCUGACGGACGCCUGGCGUCAGCAGUUCCCUGGGGCUAGUGAGAUCCCUCGCUGGGAUGAGCUUCUCAGGGCUGGUGUAGCGAUCUUUGAUCUUGAUUUUGAUGCUAUCCUUACUGCUAUGUAUGUUGUGGAUUAUAGUGAGGAGAAUGAGGGUUACCGCUGUUUCCAGCCCGACCCGGGCAUUGGUACUGCUGCGCUAGGUGCUUGUGAGGCUGCUGCUCUAGGUGCCCGUGCGUCUGCGCUCUCAGGUACUGGUGAGACUGCGCUCUCAGGUACUGAGUCGUCCUCGUCCUCCCUCACUUUCACACUUGACUCCGGAGCUUCUCGCUCCUUCUUUCGAGACCGCACUACCCUUACGCCGCUCGGCCGGCCGGUUGCCGUCUCCCUUGCUGACCCCUCUGGGGGUCCUGUCCUGUCUCACUUCUCCACUGUCCUCCCGUGUCCGGCUGCCCCUUCGGGCACCCUGUCGGGUCUGUACCUUCCCUCGUUCUCUACGAACUUGGUGAGUGGAGCGGACCUGCAGGAUGUGGGUGUUCACCAGUUCACUCCUUCGAGUCAGCGGGUGACCCACUGCACGGAGGCACGCACAGGCCGACACCUGGCCACGUUCUCGCGUCGGCCGGGGUCGAGUCUCUACACCCUGACCGUUGAGUCUCCUCCUGUCCCUGCGUAUGGUCAGGUGGCUGCGUCGGGUCAGGUACUUGAUGCUGCGUCCCGGUCAGGUCCUGAGUCUGCCCCCUGUUCUUGUCGCCUCCUGUCUCACGAGACUCUCCUGUGGCACCACCGUCUUGGCCACCCCUCCUUGCCCCGUCUUCGGAGCAUGGCUUCCCGUGUCCUUGUCUCUGGUCUUCCCCAGUCUCUCCCUCCUCUCCCCUCCGGGCCAGGACCUUCCUGUGUCCCCUGUGUCGAGGGUCGCCUCCGGGCUACUCCUCACUCCUCCCACUUCCCCCCGACAGAGGCUCCCCUGCAGACGCUUCACAUGGAUGUGUGGGGCCCCGCCCCCGUCCGUGGGCAGGGUUACGAGCGCUACUUCCUGUUGGUGGUUGACGACUACUCGCGUUACACCACAGUCCUCCCCUUGCGCAGCAAGGGUGCGGUCACUGAGGUGCUGAUCGACUGGAUCCGCGAGGCUCGUCUCCAGCUCAGGAAGAGCUUCGGCUCGGACUUUCCUGUUCUGCGUCUGCACUCUGACAGAGGCGGAGAGUUCUCUUCUCGCCUUCUGCGAGACUACUGUCGUGCACGGGGGAUCCGCCAGACCUUCCCGCUUCCGGACUCACCACAGCAAAAUGGGAUUGCUGAGCGCCGCAUUGGCAUGGUCAUGGAUGUCGCUCGUACGUCCAUGAUGCAUGCGGCUGCCCCCCAUUUUCUGUGGCCGUUUGCGGUGAGGUACGCGGCGCAUCAGCUCAACCUUCACCCCCGGGUCUCUCGGCCUGCGAUGUCCCCAGCCUUGCUGUGGACGGGGAAGGUUGGCGAUGCGUCUGUGUUCCGUGUCUGGGGAUCUCGGGCGUUUGUCCGCGACUUGUCUGCGGACAAGCUGUCCCCUCGUGCUGCUCCCUGUGUCUUCCUUGGCUUCCCCACUGACGCCCCAGGGUGGCAGUUUUACCACCCCUCCUCUCGUCGUGUUCUGUCCUCCCAGGACGUCACGUUCGACGAGUCAGUCCCCUUCUACCGUCUCUUCCCCUACCGCACUCCUUCCCUCCCCCCUCCCCCGGACUUCCUUGUGCCGGUUCCCCCCCCGGUAGACCCCCUCCCCCCUCAGGUUCCUGCCCCCUCAGGUGUGUCCCAGGUAGACGCCGUUGACCCGGUCGAGGUUACUGGUGACUCUGGUGCUGCUGUGGGUGCUGAGCCUGGGGGUGCUGACUCUGGGGGUGCUGUGCGCGGGGGUGCUGAGCCUGGGGGUGCUACUGCUGGGGGUGCUGGGCCUGAGGGUGCUACUGCGGAGAGUGCGGAGCCUGGGGGUGCUGAGCCGGGGGGUGCUGUGCCUGGAGGUGCUGGGUCUGGGGGUGCUGGGUCGGGAGCUGCUGAGCCUGGGGGUGCUGCGUCUGGAGCUGCUGAGCCUGGGGUUUCUCCUGCUGCUGCGUCUCGCCGGGAGCCCCUCUCUCCACAGGAGCUGCGCGAGUGGUUCGCUCGCCGCUGGAGGCGUGCUGCUGAGUCUGGAGGUGCUGCUGGAGCUGGAGCUGGAGCUUCUUCGACUGUCGAGGGUGCAGGUGCUGCCGGUCCCGGAGCUGCUGGACCUGCGGGUCCUCCUGGAGCUGGAGCUGCUGAGGGCGUUGGUGCUGAGCCUACUGCUGUUGGUCCUGCCGCUGGAGGUGUGGGUGGCGCUCGUGCUGUCGGUGAGGGUGGUGGUGCUGUCCCUGCUGAGUCUCGAGCUGCCGCGCGGCCUCGGCCGUACUUCGUUCCACUCCUGCAGCAGGUUCUUGGUCUUUCUCCUCCAGUAGAGGGUCCACCGCCUGUCCAGUCGCAGUCCCUGCUGGAGCCUUCCUCUCCACUGCCUGCUCCCUCUCCUUACACUGGUCCUACUGGAGGUCUUGCUGAGCGUCGUGAGCCUGCGUCUCGUCCCGCGUCGCCUGUUCGUGCUGCUCGCGCUAGUGGUCGCAGUUCGCGUCAGCGUCCUCCUCCUGUCCCUGGCACGCACCGGAUGUCUUUGCGUCCGUCCACUGCUCCUCUGCGUGCCCCUUUGCCUUCUCCUCCUGAGUCCUCUCUUCCUGUGCUUGCCGACCCUAAGUCGGACUCUCUUCGUGCUGCCAGUCCUACUGUCACGCGUCUCCUUGCUACUGUCGUCACUGACCCCUCGUUUGAGUCCACUGCUGCGUCUGCCCUUGUCGCUGAGCUCGUCGACUUUGCUGCUCGCUGUCGUCUCGACUACGCUGCUAGUCUUGUUGCUGAGUCUGCGUCUGUCUGUCCUCCGUCCGUCGGGGGUGAGUGUGCUCUUGGCACGGACGUCCUAGAGGACAGGCAGGAGGAGUUACAGUGUCUAGCGGUUGCUUCACCUCAUCUCGCGUCUGUACUGCUUGCCCCUGAGGGAGACCCGGAUGCACUAGACAUCCCGACUCCGCGUUCUUACGCGGAGGCCGUAGAGGGUCCCUACUCCUCUCAGUGGCAGGCAGCUAUGGAUGCAGAGAUGGCUUCCUGGAAGUCCACAGGCACCUACGUUGACGCGGUUCCCCCUCCUGGGGCGAACAUCGUCAGUGGCAUGUGGAUCUUCAGGGUGAAGCGGCCGCCGGGCUCUCCACCUGUCUUCAAGGCACGGUACGUUGCUCGUGGCUUCAGUCAGCGACAGGGAGUUGACUACUUUCAGACCUUCUCUCCCACCCCGAAGAUGACUACUCUUCGGGUUCUGCUGCACAUAGCCGCUCAGCGCGACUACGAGCUUCACUCUCUCGACUUCAGCACUGCGUUCUUGCAGGGUAGCCUGCACGAGGAGAUAUGGCUUCGCCGUCCACCUGGCUUCACUGGGACUUUCCCUCCUGGCACCCAGUGGAGCCUCCGACGGCCAGUCUACGGUCUCCGCCAGGCACCGCGUGAGUGGCACAACACACUGAGGACUACGCUUGCGGCUCUUGGGUUUGCUCCUUCUACUGCUGACCCGUCGCUGUUUCUUCGCACCGACACUUCCCUGCCGCCGUUCUACAUCCUCGUGUACGUCGACGACUUGGUCUUUGCCACAGCGGACACUGCUGGACUCGCCUACGUGAAGUCCGAGCUGCUGAAGAGACACACGUGCACAGACCUGGGUGAACUGCGCAGCUACCUUGGCUUGCAGAUCACUCGGGACAGAGCACGCCGCACCAUUACCUUGACUCAGUCACACAUGGUGCAGCAGGUCCUUCAGCGCUUUGGCUUCACGUACUCCUCGCCUCAGGCCACUCCUCUGCCUACUCGCCACUCACUCUCAGCUCUGCCUUCGGAUGAGUCCGUAGAGUCGAGUGGUCCGUAUGCAGAGCUUGUUGGCUGCCUCAUGUACCUGAUGACCUGCACACGACCUGACCUUGCAUACCCUCUGAGCAUUCUUGCACGCUAUGUUGCUCCUGGGAGACACAGACCGGAGCACAUGGCUGCAGCGAAGAGGGUAUUGCGCUACUUGUGCAGUACGUCGGGCAUGGGGCUAGUGCUUGGAGGGCGCAGUCCAGUGGUCCUUACCGGCCACGCGGACGCUUCUUGGGCUGACGACCAGGCUACGCAGCGGUCGUCACAGGGUUACACCUUCAGCCUUGGUUCCGGCUCUGUCUCGUGGCGGUCUACUCGCUCGUCUUCGGUUCUCGGCUCCAGUUGUGAGGCUGAGAUCUACGCCGGGGCCAUGGCUGCACAGGAGCUUCGCUGGCUCACCUACCUGCUGACUGACCUUGGAGAGCCGCCUCGUUCUCCUCCAGUGCUGUACGUAGACAACAAGGCUAUGCUGGCCUUGUGUCGAGAGCAGCGCUUGGAGCAUAGAACGAAGCACAUUGCUCUCCGCUACUUCCUUGCUCGUGAGCUGCAGCAGCGUGGUCAGUUGCGACUUGCGUACGUGGCCUCUGAGGCCAACACUGCUGAUGUGUUCACCAAGGCGCUCGCGCCUUGUGACCAUCAGCGCUUUUGCACCCAGCUGGGUCUUGUGCCUGUCUUGCCUCACUUGCUCUCCUCUUGA